CGGGGAGGUUUCUAGGGCGGACGCCGGUCCCUUAUCUCCAAAGCGCCCUGUAGAGCCGGAGAGUGCUGCACCUUUACCCGCCGGCUGCGCUGUGUUGGCCCCGCAGACAUGUCGGGGUUCAGCCCGGAACUUAUCGACUACCUAGAAGGGAAAAUCUCCUUUGAAGAGUUCGAAAGGCGGAGAGAAGAGAGAAAAACUCGGGAGAAAAAAAGUGUUCAGGAAAAAGGGAAAUCGUCACCCAAAGAAAACCCAGGUGAUGCCGAAGUCCCAUCAUCAUCAGGAAUUGACUCCGCCAAAUCCCAGGACAGAGACGCCAAUGAGGGAGAAACGUCAGAUGGGGUGAGUAAGUCAGUUCACAAAGUCUUUGCUUCCAUGCUCGGAGAGACCGAAGAGGAGGAGGAGGAGGAAGAGGAGGAGGAGGAGGAGGAGGACACACCAGAGCAGCCCACCGCAGGCGAUGUAUUUGUAUUGGAGAUGGUUCUCAACCGUGAAACCAAGAAAAUGAUGAAAGAGAAGAGGCCUCGGAGUAAACUCCCCAGAGCCCUGAGAGGUCUCAUGGGUGAAGCCAAUAUUCGCUUUGCUCGAGGAGAACAUGAAGAAGCCAUAUUGAUGUGCAUGGAAAUCAUAAGACAAGCUCCUUUGGCUUAUGAGCCAUUCUCUACGCUUGCCAUGAUUUACGAGGAUCAAGGUGACAUGGAGAAAUCGUUGCAGUUUGAGUUGAUUGCUGCACAUUUAAAUCCCAGUGACACAGAAGAAUGGGUUAGGCUGGCGGAAAUGUCUCUGGAACAAGAUAAUAUUAAGCAGGCUAUUUUUUGCUAUACAAAAGCUCUUAAAUACGAACCUACUAAUGUCCGUUACCUGUGGGAGAGAUCAAGCCUUUACGAACAGAUGGGUGAUCAUAAAAUGGCCAUGGAUGGCUAUAGGCGCAUUUUAAAUCUUCUGUCUCCAUCUGAUGGGGAACGCUUCAUGCAGUUGGCUAGAGAUAUGGCCAAGAGUUACUAUGAAGCCAAUGACAGCACUUCAGCUAUUAACAUAAUUGAAGAAGCUUUCUCAAAACAUCAAGGUUUAGUCUCCAUGGAAGACGUUAACAUAGCGGCUGAAUUAUAUAUCUCCAACAAGCAGUAUGACAAAGCCUUGGAGGUAAUUACAGAUUUUUCUGGAAUUAUCCUGGAAAAGGAAACUUUGGAAGAAGGCACCUCAGAAGAGAAUAAAGCUGCUGAGACCGUUACCUGUUCUAUACCUGACAGCGUGCCAAUAGAUAUCACAGUGAAGCUGAUGGUCUGCCUGGUCCAUCUCAACAUCCUCGAGCCUCUCAAUCCUCUCUUGACAACACUGGUGGAACAGAAUCCUGAAGAUAUGGGCGACCUCUACCUUGAUGUUGCUGAAGCUUUUCUGGAUGUUGGUGAAUAUAACUCUGCCCUUCCCCUGCUCAGUGCCCUGGUGUGCUCUGAAAGAUACAACCUUGCAGUAGUGUGGCUUCGGCAUGCAGAGUGUUUAAAGGCCUUGGGCUACAUGGAGCGCGCUGCUGAAAGCUACAGCAAAGUGGUUGACCUGGCUCCACUCCAUUUGGAUGCAAGGAUCUCGCUUUCCAUCCUUCAGCAGCAGCUGGGGCGCCCUGAGAAAGCUCUGGAAGCUCUAGAACCCAUGUAUGACCCAGACACCUUAGCCCAGGACGCGAAUGCUGCACAGCAGGAACUGAAGUUACUGCUCCAUCGUUCUACUCUAUUGUUUUCACAAGGCAAAAUGUACGGCUAUCUGGAUACCCUGCUAACCAUGCUUGCUAUGCUUUUAAAGGUUGCGAUGAAUAGAGCCCAAGUUUGUUUGAUAUCCAGUUCCAAAUCUGGAGAAAGACAUCUCUACCUUAUUAAAGUGUCAAGAGAUAAAAUAUCAGACAACAAUGAGCAAGAAACAUCAAAUUAUGAUGCAAAAGCAAUAUUUGCUGUACUCACAAGUGUCUUGCCAAAAGAUGACUGGUGGAACCUUCUCCUAAAGGCCAUAUAUACCCUGAGUGAUCUGUCCCGGUUCCAAGAAGCUGAAUUGCUCGUAGAUUCUUCCCUGGAAUAUUAUUCAUUUUAUGAUGACAGACAGAAACGCAAAGAACUAGAAUACUUUGGUCUCUCUGCUGCAAUUCUGGACAAAAAUUUCAGAAAGGCCUAUGACUAUAUCAGGGUAAUGGUAAUGGAAAAUGUCAAUAAGCCCCAGCUGUGGAAUAUUUUCAAUCAAGUUACCAUGCACUCCCAAGAUGUAAGACAUCAUCGCUUCUGUCUCCGUCUGAUGCUGAAGAAUCCAGAUAAUCAUGCUCUGUGCGUUUUGAAUGGACACAAUGCAUUUGUAUCUGGCAGUUUCAAACAUGCACUUGGACAGUAUGUCCAAGCCUUCCGUGCCUAUCCCAGUGAGCCUCUUUACAAUCUCUGCAUAGGCCUCACCUUUAUUCACAUGGCAUCUCAGAAGUAUGUGCUGAAGAGGCAUGCGCUGACUGUGCAGGGAUUUUCCUUCCUUAAUCGAUACCUCAGCAUCCGUGGGCCUUGCCAGGAAUCUUUCUACAAUCUGGGCCGCGGCCUUCAUCAGCUGGGGCUGACACACCUUGCGAUCCACUAUUACCAGAAGGCUCUGGCACUUCCUCCGAUUGUGGUAGAGAGCUACAGAGAUGAACCAUCUGCAGAUGCUCAGUAGACAGCAGCCGCAAGUCCAAUGGCUCCUUCUCUGGCCUCUUCCUUCUCCCUGAAUAGCGCCAUGCCCUGACCUCGGUUCUGCCUAUGUUUUCCCAUGAAGACAGUACACUUCGGCACAUCAGCUCUCAUAUUUGUAAAGAGGAACCCAAACUGUGGCCUCUUUUCAGAACCAGACCGAUCUUUCUACACCUCAUAAUUCCUCCUCAAAUCUGAUGAGUCUAAAACAAUCUCCUGGGCGUUAUCUUUCUUCCUGAGUGAGUACCCAGAUUGGUACAACUGUGCACAAUGUCGAGAGGCUGGCAAGCUUCAAGUGAGGUAGGAUUGCUCUUUGAUGAAAACAUAAGCUAUGCGUGGUACACAUUUGAAGCAAGUGAGUCUCACCCUACUCCUUCCUUGUCACUGACCCUUGCAAUAAUUAGUUUAGCUAUAGUGGGAGGGGUUAUGCUUUAUGUUUUUAAGACUGAAAAUACUUUUCAUACAAUAUAUUCUGAUUAUGCCUCCCCUCCCUCAAUUCUUCCCAUAUCAGUCCACUUUGAUGCACUCUCUUAUUAGAAAAUGAAGUCAUUAAAAAAAGAAAAAAGUUGUAAAAAGCUAAAAUAAAACCCAACAUACCUGUAUAGGGAAAAACAAACAAAUGAACAGAAAAAACAAAGAGGACUUGCAGACUUCCAGAGUAUUCAGGGUGAAGAACGACUCACAGUGUAUGUGAGUGACUUCCAUGGGUUUUAAGAUGAUUCUGGCAGCCACUAUACAAACACCGUAUUAGCCAAUACUGCACAGCCUUGUGCAGCACAGUCUGUAAAACGUGAGGUGGAACGUACAUAGACUGCGUAUGUGGAAAGGACCUUGCUUCUUUACCUUAGCUUCUGCCCUGACCCUGCACGGACAUGUUACAGUUAGUGACAAGAAACAGGUUCUACACGUGCUUCCCUGAGCAUAAGUUUCCAUAGAGUAAUGUUAGUGUCUAAACCAUAUUUACUGCCAUGUUGUUUGUAAUAAAACUUUCAUGGUUGCAUAGAGCCAAGUUCAGGCGAAAACAAAAAGUGAUCCAUGGCCAUCAUUGCUUAGAUGUAGCUGCUCCAUCCUCAUGAGUUAGACUCACUCAGACUCCUGGGAUUCUUUGUCCAAAUCUAAGAUUUAUUUUGGUUUCCUUAAUUUUUAUUUACAUAUGUGUGCAUGUGUUUGUGUGUGUGCCAUGUGUCCACGUCAGGGGACAACUCUUGGGAGCUAGUUCUCUUGCUGCCUUGUAGGACUGGAAUUGAAUCAGGUCACCUGACCACAUAAGCCUCUGCCCACUAAGCCAUGUCUCUUAGCUCUUACUUUGGCUUUCUUGAGGUAGGAUCUUACUAUGUAACCCAGGCUGACUUCAAGCUCAUGAUCUUCCUGCCUCGGCCUUCUAAGUACUGAAACUGCCAGUGUGCGCCUCCAUUCCUGGCUCAGGUAAUGCUUUAGAAGGAGGGCUUAAGCUUGGGAGAAACACGAGUGUCCCUUGCAGUAGUCUAAGUUUUGGUUAAUGUCACAUAAAGAAUCAGCUCAAUAACGGGCAGAGACCUGAAAAGGAGAAACACACCAGCUUGCUCCAGCCAGCGGUUACCGGUUACCGGUUGCUUUCAGCUAUGCCUGGGAGCUUACAGUGACUGACCAGGAUGCACUAGCUCAGGCAAGAGGAAGGGCUUUACUAGCUUCUCCAAACCAGCCCCUCGCUCUCCAGAGGCGCUGCCCCAUCCCACUGUGAAUCUACUGUCCUUACUU